UACACAGGAAAGCCGAUAGGUACCUAUUGAAAAUUUAUGAAUUUAUUGACAGUUUUUUAGACGAGCAGCACGAAUGACUCGUAAUAUGCCCAGGCAAAGAAAGUCUAAUUCACAAAGUAAAAGUAGCCACAAUGAAUCCAGCAGCAGUUCAGGUGCCGACGAUAACACCUCCAGCACUCGGACAUUCAAGGCACUGUCGAUGUGCAAAACGUUUGUUGGGGUGUUUUUCUUAGCGGUGGCUGUGUACGUGGGCACCAUAGGAUACCUAGAAACUAGAGUCAACACGCCGCUGGAUGAGGAGAAGGCUGUCCAGGCCACUGGCCUAAAUGUUCCUGAGAGAUAUUGGGGUACUUACAGACCUGGUGUAUACUUUGGUCUUAAAAGUAGAGAGCCAAAAUCCCCGGUGUUUGGGAUGAUGUGGUAUGAGCUCUCCGCAAGUGUUCAUAAGGGAAUAAGACAUUGGUGUGAGCAGAAUGACAAUCUACAGACAUACACAUGGUUGUACCAUGACGGUGUUACAUUUGGUGAGCAGGUCAUCUCCGACUCUCCCCACACAAUACACACCUCAUUCAUCAAGACCCCUGGAGGUGAGCACGGGGGUCAAUGGACAGCUAGAAUUAAUAUUACAAGCAGAGCAUCCAGCAGGACUCCAUUUGUGCUGGUGUGGUAUGCUGCACUAGAUGAAUCACUGGGUCCGGAGCCCGAGGCCAGGAUAUGGAUGGAGCAGGCUGCUAUUGUUGGUCACACUCCUGCUCUCAAAAACUUUAAAAUACAAAUAGUGCCUUAUAAGGGUGCACCUUUACAUACAUCUUAUGCCGAAGCCCAUGCCCCUGGUCUUCAUCAGCUGAAGGAGAAGUUUUAUUCUCUACUCCGUGUGGAGCGGCACCCUAAACUGGGUCGCUUGGCAGUCCUGGACAUGGAUGAUGUUUUAGUUGAUAAGGAAAAAAGUGUGAACUUUAUCCCAAUACAAAUGCUAGUGGAGGCACCAUAUGUCGUGGACAUCGUGUACAGCGCGGAGGAGCAGGCGCCGCCGCCGCUCACUGGUGAUCUCUACACCAAAGAGUUGGAGACCAAGAAGAAAGCGUACGAAGAGCGAUUUGAAAAUGAAUUCAAGUUGACGGAGAAGGGCUACAAAGCCGAAGACGUGUCAGUUGCACGCGCUGCGCUGUCCAACAUGGUGGGCGGUAUCGGGUACUUCUACGGGGCGGGGCGGGUGCAGUCGCCUUACACGCGCGAGCCCGUGCCGUACUGGCGGGCCGCGCUCUACACCGCCGUGCCCAGCAGGCCAUUCUUCCCGCGCGGGUUCCUGUGGGACGAGGGUUUCCACGGGCUGCUGAUCGGGCGCUGGUCGCUGGACGUCCAGCUCGACAUCGCGGCGCACUGGCUCGACCUUAUCAACGUCGAGGGCUGGAUCCCAAGGGAGCAGAUAUUGGGUGUUGAGGCGCUGGCGCGUGUGCCCAAGGAGUUCGUGGUGCAGAGCAACGCGGCCGCCAACCCGCCGAUGCUGCUGCUGCAGGUGGCGCAGCUGGUGCGUCGCCGCGCCCGCGAAUUCCGCGCCCCGCACCGCCGCGCCGCGCUGCACCGCAUGUUCCCGCGCCUGCAGGCUUGGUACCAGUGGUUCCAAACGACCCAAAAGGGGGAGGAGCCGACGGCGUACCGCUGGCGCGGCCGCGAGGACGACGGCCUGCAGCUCAACCCCAAGACGCUCACUUCCGGCAUUGAUGAUUAUCCAAGGGCAUCGCACCCGUCGCACAUCGAGCGUCACGUGGACCUGCGAUGUUGGAUGUUCGCCGCCGCAGACGCCAUGGCCACGCUAGCCAAGGCGUUAGACAGGGAGAGCGAUAAAUACGAGGCAACCCGCGACCAGCUGGGUGACGAGGAUCUGCUGAACGAGCUCCACUGGUCCCACCACACGCAGACAUACGCUGAUUAUGGUCUUCACACGGACGCAGUGCGGCUGGAGCGACAGCAGCCCAAGAAUAAACAGGAGCAGCCCAAGAUGGUAAGGGUGGUGUCCGCACCGCCGCAGCCGCGACUCGUCACCUCCGCACUCGGCUACGUGUCCCUGUUCCCGAUGCUGAUGAAGGUGCUGAAGCCCAACAGCCCCAAGCUGGGCAAGAUCCUCGACAUGCUGGACAACCCCGAGCUGCUGUGGUCGCCCUACGGACUGAGGUCGCUGUCAAAGUCCGCCCCGCUGCACAUGGCGCGCAACACGGAGCACGACCCGCCGUACUGGCGCGGGCAGGUGUGGCUCAACAUCAACUACCUGGCGCUGCACGCGCUCAAGCACUACGCGCUCGCGCCCGGCCCGCACGCCGCGCGCGCCGCCCACCUGCACGCCGCGCUCAGGGAUAACGUCGUCCGCAACGUGUUGUCUGAGUACAAGAGGACAGGGUACCUGUGGGAGCAGUACAGCGGCGAGGAUGGGCGCGGCUCCGGCUGCCGGCCUUUCACCGGCUGGACCGCGCUCGUCGUGCUCAUCAUGGCCGAAGACUACUAGCCGUGAGUCACCAGUUUAUAUAGUAAGGCGGUACUACUAGCGCUACAGUCCUGCAUCGCGCUAUGGAGUAACUAAGCACAGCGGUAUACGACAGUGGGCUUCGGUCUGACCGAACUUUGCGGCCACCAAUUUGAACACAGAAUGUACACGAGUUUUGUGAGGUCCGCAGUUUAUGUGGUGAACCUUGACACAGGUCCGCAUUUUGUGUAGGCGCCAGGCUGCAAUAAAGGACAUACACGCAAGAAUGUCACGAGAGACAGAUCAUGAAGUGGACUAUACAAGCCAGGUUGUGAUACAGGUUCCCAGUUUAUUGCCUCUUGAAAUCAUUAAAAAAAACUCAGCAAUAUUAUUGGGUUGGAUUAUUAUUUUAAUGUUUGACUCAUGCUCAUGCGUGAAUCAUAACCAUUUGGGUCCCAAACCCGAAACCUUACAAAUGUAGCUCAUUUUAUUGAAAAUCCAAAUUUACUUAUACUGGCCACCCAUUCUAUUAAAUAGACUUAAUAUAAAAAGUGAUCCUAGGGCUUUUACUUACGAGGAAAUAGCGAUCAGUAUUUUUAUCGAUAGCUUUUUGCCUUAGAUAUUAAUGGAAAGAAAUAGGUUAGAAAUAAUAAAUGAAAGAGUAAAGGUCGCGCAAAACUUAGCAGAAAUGAAAGGGACUUGACAAAAAUACUUAAAUUUAGCUUUCUUUAGUAAAGUAAAGCGUUUUAGUAGAGCAAGGCGCGAUCAAGAUCAGAUAGAUCUGAUAUGUAGAAACAUACAGGUGACAUAAUCUUAUAUAUAAAAUUCUCG